AUGGCAUAUCGUACUGUGUUUCCACCAUCGACUUCCAGAGAUGUUAUCCGGAAUAGAGCAGUGCCUUUGAAAUCGCGAACAAGUGCUGCUGCCCACCCAUACCAUACACGUGGGGUAACUGUGGAAUAUCGCGUGGAUAGGCCAAGAAAUGUAUCGUGCACCGGCUUUGAAGCUGCGCAUGCUUACGUCAGUGAGGUAGCUCAAAAAUACAAGGCAAGGAUGCGACAAAAGGCAGAAUGUUCUAAGCAACUUGAAAUUGGGAGCGAGUCUAGCACUUUGCUGCUCAUGAAGCAAAGGCUGAGCCGACUCAUAGGAGAAUGCGACAUAGGCAGGACUACUUGUUGCGUCCCCAUGUGCGGUCGGGUCUUUGAUUCUAUACCGGUGCUGGCUUUUCAUAUGUCCUAUUCUCAUCACGACUUGGCUGCAAAAUCCGCUUAUGAUACUUUGUGUUUUGUGUGUGGAGUACAAAUGAAUAAUGUCAAGGGAAAGAUCAUACACUUGGUCAGCAAACACAAGACACUUUGUGCCGCUCACAACGAGCAAUGUUUGCAUCAGCGGACUGCAGUCAUAUCCCCUUUGGCACCAGCUGCUAUGCGAAUCGCUCAAUGUUCCGGAGAAGAGGAAGAAGUGGAUGAGCCCAUUACGUAUGAGAAUGUUCCCUUUGAAGAUCUUUCUGGAACUACCUACAUCGAGACUGAUUUGGACUAUGAAGAUGCACAAUAUGACAGUUGACUGCCCAUUAUUGUUUGAUCUUGUUCAGAGUUUAUAAUAGGCGCCAAUGAAGUUGAUCAAUAAUAAAUGAAGCUGAUUC